UCACCACUGAAUAACCUUUUGACUUUUUUUACCAAAAUUAUUAUAAAUUCUGGGUAACUGAGCACCUCUAAAUUCAGCAUGUGUUAUGAAAUUUAUGUAACAUUAUUAUAAUAAAAAUAUAUUUUAACAAUUAAAUAACGUAUAAAUCCAAAGGUUGGAAAUAGGGAGCAUGGGCUCCAGUCAAAGUGCGCGUAAGCUCACAAUCAAUAACGAAGAAGGAGUUAUCCAGAUAUCAACAGAUUUAGUUGAGCGAUUGGCACGAAACAGCGAGAAAAGUGUCACAGCUGAUGUUGCCGGUGACGUAAAGACAGCGGAAUCAUCAAGGACUGACAAUACUAUUCAUAAUAAUGUUGAUGAUCACGUAAAGUCUGCUCCUAAACCAGCUCCAAGUGUUGCUCCUACUCCUGCUCCUAUUCUUGCUCCAGUUCCAGCUCCAGUGACACCAAUACGUAGUCUACCUACACGUCACGAAAGCUUGCCAAAUCCUGAAUACUCAGGUCAGCUGUAUCCCGAGUACACGCUGACGGCCAUGAAAGUUUUACAUCAAAAAGAAAAUGAGCUACAAGUUCUAGAUCAUUACUGGAGACAGCGUUUGCAAAAACUUCAUGGGCAGUAUGAAAAAAUUAAUAGGGUUUUCCAGGAUGAGUACAAUCGUGCCAAGGAACAAAUUGCAAAUGCUCCAGGCAACAAAAAUGUUAAUAUUGACAUAACAGUAGCACCCUGUAGUGAUAAAAAGAAAAAGGUAAUUCAAUGCUAUCAAGAACAUCCGCGUGAGAUACUAAAAUGUGCGAGUGUAGUUGAAGAAUUCAGCAGUUGCGUGGAUCAAUGUCGGGCUAAUAUUAUUGCUGCGAGAUGCUAAUAUCCAACAUCAUGUCUGAUUAUUAUUUACGCGGCCGACAUCAACAACUAAAUCCAGUCUAAAGAUUGACAACAAAAAAUCUAGUUCUCAAUGAUGUAAUAAUUUUGAUAGAAAAAAAAAUUAUUUAUUUAAAUAAUUCGCGUUAUUAAUUUUCAAUUGUUCAUUUUGAUGAUAAAUGCUGAGUUUAGUUUGAUAAAUGUACAGUAAUAAAAAGAGCAAAUGUUAUUUUAAAUUAUUGUUGCUAAUCUGUACUGAUUAUUGAUAACUUGUAUGAUAUCUGAUAAAGUAUGGAGUACAUAAA